AUGGCGGCCCUGACUGACGAGCAGAUUCGUGAGGCAUUCAACCUCUUCGAUGCGGACGGCUCUGGUGCGAUUGAUGCAGAGGAGAUGGCACUGGCGAUGAAGGGCCUGGGCUUCGGCGACCUGCCGCGCGACGAGGUGGAGCGGAUGAUGCGCACAAUGAACACGGAUGCCAGCGGGCUUAUCGGUUACGCUGAGUUCGAGCGCGUAGUGAAGUCACGCAUGGCACAGAAGGACUCUCCAGAGGAGGUGCUGAAGGCGUUCCAGCUGUUCGACCUCGACAAGAAGGGGAAGAUAUCGUUUGCGAACCUGAAGGAGGUGGCGAAGCUACUCGGCGAGAACCCCGGCGAUGAUGUGCUGCAGGAAAUGAUCGCGGAGGCCGACGAGGAUGGCGACGGUGAGGUGUCCUUCGAGGAGUUCAAGAACGUUAUGAUGCAGAUGCGGGGGAAGUAG